AUGCGAGUCCCAUUUCUGCUGCAGACCUCCUGUGUGGGAUCAGAGAGUCACACAGGUGUCUGGGAUCACCAGCAGGAGCCGGGGCAGAGCUGGUACAGGGACACCAGGGUGGCCAGUAUCAAAGAAGCUAUCAAAAUUGAUGGGGAAUGUCCGUUCCAGGUGGCCUGAGACUCGCUGUGCAGCAGGGACUUGCUGCGCCCCACAAUAAGAAGAGCCUCAAGCUGGACUCGGGGAAGCCAGAGCAGCGAUGAGACACCAUCCCUGGAGGAGCUGCGGUGCCUGCUCUGGACAUGGGCAUGCCCCACUGGGCACGUGGAUGAAGUCUGGCCAAACCUUUACAUGGGAGACCUGUACAUCGCUUGUGACAAAGCUCAGCUGAGCCAAAUGGGCAUUUCUCACAUUGUGAAUGCCGCUGCCGGGCGAUUUCGCAUUGACACCAGGCCCAAGUUCUACAAAGACCUGCCUGUGGAUUACUAUGGAAUAGAAGCAGAGGACAACCCCAACUUUGAUCUCAGCAUUUACUGCUACCCAGUUGCUCGGUACAUAAGAGCGGCACUGAACUCCCCAAGAGGCAAAGUACUAGUUCACUGCGCAAUGGGAAUCAGUCGAUCCGCAACUCUUGUCCUUGCCUUCUUAAUGAUCUGCGAGAACAUGUCCCUCACUGACGCAAUUCAGGCUGUGCGUCACAGAGGGAUCUGCCCCAACUCCGGCUUCCUCGAGCAGCUUCGGGAGCUGGACCUCCAGCUAGAGAGGGACAAACACAGAGGAACAGAGCCCUCAGGGCCUGUCUCCUGCCACCAGACCCAGAGACACUGCCCAAGCUGA